UAUAGGCCUAAAUAAAUUUAAUUAUGUAUAUACAAAAAUACCUAAAUAAGAACUUGUUCACAGGGAAGAGUAUAUAAGAUAGAUGGCAGCAGCAGCAGUGUGAUCAACAUAGUCAUGGCGCUGGUGAUGACCUGGGCUCUACCUCGGAGCCUGAGCUUCGUGGUGAGGGGACAAGUGCAAGCACGAUGCUUCCAUGCAUCUCCCCUGGUUUGUGCUGCCCAGAAAGUGGCUAUGUCCCAGAUGGACCCUGGGACAGAAAUGCCAUAUGAGAAACUGCAAGCUAAUCUUUCUAUCAUCAAGAAGAGAUUGAAUCGUCCUCUAACACUAUCAGAAAAGGUAUUGUAUUCACAUUUGGAUGAUCCUGCUGGCCAAGAUAUAGUACGUGGGGAGUCGUAUUUAAAGCUGCGACCGGACAGAGUAGCAAUGCAAGAUGCAACUGCGCAGAUGGCCAUGUUACAGUUCAUUAGUUCUGGUCUUCCUAGAGUAGCUGUGCCAUCAACAAUCCAUUGUGAUCAUCUUAUUCAAGCUCAGGUUGAUGGGCCCAAAGAUUUGGUGCGAGCCAUAGACAUAAAUAAAGAGGUGUACAACUUCCUCUCUAGUGCAGGUUCCAAGUAUGGUGUUGGCUUUUGGAAACCUGGAUCGGGUAUCAUCCAUCAAAUUAUCUUGGAAAAUUAUGCAUUCCCUGGUCUUCUGAUGAUUGGAACUGACUCACACACUCCAAAUGGUGGUGGACUGGGAGGCCUGUGCAUUGGAGUUGGAGGAGCUGAUGCUGUUGAUGUAAUGGCCAAUAUUCCCUGGGAGCUGAAGUGUCCAAAGGUGAUUGGUGUGAAACUUACAGGUAAACUGAGUGGCUGGACAUCACCAAAAGAUGUCAUUCUUAAGGUUGCUGGUAUUCUGACUGUUAAAGGUGGAACAGGAGCUAUUAUUGAGUACUUUGGGCCUGGUGUUGAUUCCAUUUCUUGCACAGGCAUGGCAACCAUUUGCAAUAUGGGCGCUGAAAUUGGUGCAACUACAUCAGUGUUCCCCUAUAAUAGCCGUAUGAGACAGUAUCUGGCAGCCACUAGUCGUAAGGACAUUGCCAGUCUUGCUGAUGCAAAUAUAUCUCUGCUGACCCCAGAUGAGGGUUCUCCAUAUGAUCAAGUAAUUGAAAUUAACUUGUCUGAGCUGGAACCUCAUAUUAAUGGCCCAUUCACUCCAGAUUUAGCUCACCCUGUCAAUAAGGUUAGUAAAUACAUACUUUUGUUUUAUACAGUUACUACUCUCAAUUUAAGAAAUCAAAAUCAGUAUGCCUUACAAUAUAGUAUUUGCCAACAGGUCAAGGGAAAAUGCACAACUGACCACAUCUCUGCUGCUGGACCGUGGCUGAAAUUCCGUGGCCACUUGGACAAUAUCUCAAACAACAUGUUUCUUACUGCUGUCAAUGCUGAGAAUGGUGAAAUGAACAAUGUACAGAACAAGGCAACAGGAGAGUGGGGUCCUGUACCUGCCACUGCUCGUGCAUAUAAAGCCAGUAACAUCAAAUGGUGUGUCAUUGGUGAUGACAACUAUGGUAAACAUACUUGCAUUAAUUUUCAGUAUUUUGUAAAUGUGUAUCAGAAACCCCUUUUAAUGAGUGAGGGUAGAUCUCGGGUGCUGCUGAGCGUGAGCCUCGGCACCUGGUGGUCGUGCAAGCCCUCUCAGUGCCGUAUCAAACACCCCAGUGGUUCAACAGAAACUAUUCAGUUAAAUCACUCGUGCAAUGAGCAACAGAUCACCUGGUUUAAAGCUGGUUCAGCUCUGAAUCGCAUGAAAGCGUUAGCAGCUGGCAAGUAAAAUCAUCAAGUAGUAUAUUGUUAUGUACAUAAGUUCAUUUGUUAUUCUGAAGGUCAGUUAGCUUGCCAACUAAUCUUCAAAAAUAGUGAUACUGUAGUUUGUAGUUUUGUAGCUAUAUGUAGAUAAUUUUUAUGAAUUGGUGUCUUAUUUCUGUUAUUGAAAUAUGGACUAUAAGAGUUUUAUAAUUGAUGAAGUCAAUACCACAACUUAAAAGGUAAGAAGUUAGGAAAAAUAUCUUUGGAAAAAAAUUUAUUAUAUUUUGUGUGUGGUGGUAGGUUGUCUUUGAUUGUAAGAAAGAUUCAUAAAUUUUUAAUUCCUUUGGGAACAUUGUGAUGGUAUGUGAUGCUGACUUUAAUAAUAAUAAAUUAUUUUAAAUUA